AUGUGUAGAAGGAACUCCACCAAUGUGCAUGGCUUCAUCCUCAUGGGGCUGACAGACUCUGCAGAGACACAGCUGGUCCUCUCCAUGCUCUUUCUCCUGAUUUACCUGAUCACGGUGCUGGGGAAUAUGGGCAUGAUACUGAUCAUUCACCUGGAUCCGCAGCUUCACACCCCUAUGUACUUCUUUCUCACUCAGCUGUCAUUUCUUGACCUCAGCUACUCAAGUGUCAUCACCCCUAAAACCUUACACAACUUACUGACUUCCACCAAGAGCAUCUCCUCCCUGGGCUGCUUCACCCAGAUGUACUUUUUUAUAGUCUUUGGUGCUGCUGAAUGUUUCCUUCUCUCCUCAAUGGCCUAUGAUCGCUAUGUAGCUAUCUGCAGCCCCCUGCACUAUCCAGUCAUUAUGUCCACAGGACUGUGCCAUAUUCUGCUCACUGCCUCCUAUGUUAUUGGCUUUGUGGAUUCCACUGUCAAUGCAAUUUUCAUGAACCGACUGCACUUCUGCAAGUACAAUGUCAUCCAGCACUUUUUCUGUGACACAUCCCCAAUUUUAGCCCUAUCUUGCAGUGACACAUUUGAGGUUGAACUCAUUAUAUUCAUUUGUGGUGGGUCCAAUUUAGUGCUGUCCCUCCUCACCAUAUCUGGAUCUUAUGUGUGCAUUCUUUUCACUAUCCUGAAAAUUAAUUCCACUGCUGGAAAGAAAAAAGCCUUCUCCACCUGUGCCUCCCAUGUCCUGGGAGUCACCAUUUUUUAUGGCACUCUAAUCUUUACUCAUUUAAAACCAAAGACGUCCUACUCCUUGGGAAGGGAUCAGGUAGUUUCUGUGUUUUACACCAUUGUGAUCCCCAUGCUGAACCCUCUCAUUUACAGUCUCAGAAACACAGAGGUGAAGAAUGCUGUUGUUAGAAUUAUGCAAAAGAGAGAGGGAUUAUAA